AACAACAGCGACGGCGGCGGCAGUGUUAUUCACGAGUAACGCGCCGUAGCGUUUCGUAGCCCGCCACUGCACGUCCAGCUCGUCCGAGCACACUCGAACACGUCCCGCCGAUUGCGCGCGCUAUAAUAUUAUUAAUUCGUGUGGUACAGCACACGAUUAUUUAUCGCGAUUAAUUUUUUUUUCGAGUCCACUCCGUUUCGUCGGUAGAGAUAAAUAAAAAUAAUUUUCUUCCCGUCAUCAUAACGAAUCGCGUUUGCGAUAAUAUUUAUAUUUCUACCGAUCAGUCAUCGACGACCGGCAGGGGCCCGUCCGUUAAUCCCGUAGUGGUCAUAAUAUUAUUAUAAUAUUAUAAUAAUAUACACUGUCUACCGCGGUAUCAUUCAUUAUCAUUAUCGUUACUAUUAUCAGCCGAACAACGUUCGACCAGGGCUACACACACGUUUGUCCGUCUGUCCGUCCUUCAUUCACCACGGAGUUUCACGCAGACGCCCGGUGGACGGAAACCACUGUCAUCGCAGGCGUUGGAAGUAUAUGAUGUUGGCCCGGCGCCGCAGACGCCGAUACCGACGUGACAACGCCACAGCGACUGUAAGGAAGACAGUGACCAGUGGAGCAGCAGUAGUAGCGAAAGCGUCAGCGACAUCGACAUCGACAGUAACAGCGGCGUUCACAGACAUCAGCAACAGCAGCGACCGCACAUCAGUGACAUCGAGCAGACAUGACGACGACCGUGGGUCUGCUGUCGCCUUUGUUGCCACCGACCGCGGUGACCGCUGCCGUGGCCGAAGAGCACCAGCAACAGGAUUAUUAUUACGUGCCGCAGCCGCAGCCCACUCGCGUCGUACGCAUGAAAAUGUGGAGUGACGACGACGACGAAAAUAAUUAUUGCGCCGACGAUAAUUCGACGAAUAGUUUCUUAUUACUGAACAACAUGGGUAUUCAUGUUCCUCCGAUGACAACAAGCAUGUCAAAUGAAACUGGCAGUGAAUCAAAUGCAUGUAAAAGACGAUUAUCCUCAUCAUUAGAAAAUGAUCAUAUUCCUAAAAUAGCUAGGCGUAUGGUUAAUAACGAGGAUCUAUUGCAAAAUGAUCAUAUUGUCGAACAAUUGGAUACGGCGUCUCGACUAGACGACGAUGAUGCAACAUCAUCCAUUGUUGCUGCUAUAGCGGCCGUUACUGAUGAUUCAGAUUGCAGUAUUGACGAUGAUGAUGAUGAUGAAGACGAUGACGAUGACGAAGAUGACGACGACGACGAUGAUCAAUACUUGCCCGCUGGUAGUUUGUCACUAUCCUCGUCCAACAGUAGCAAUAUCACAAAUUCAACAAAUUCUUCUUCAUUGUCGACACUAUCGCCUUCCCAACAGCAUCACAAUCAGAACCAUUGGAGGCAACAUCACCAACAGCAGCAAACUAUCAAAUGUGACACUAACGGUAAGUGUUAUUUGGAUUUAGGUAGCGGUGGUAGUAGCACAACGCUGACAACAACCAUGGCUACAAUACAACCACGAAUCAACAGUGAACCGGAGUGCUGUGAGUUGGGGCGCUGUGUACCUUCAACACAGUGUUACAGACGACGUAGAGCUGCAGUGUUUGAUGCAUCAAUGCGCAAAUUAGGAAAAUCAAGUGGUGGGUCUGGUAACAGCUCACAACAAAGUUGCGAAGCUGGACUCCGGAGGUCUGUGCUCAUUUGCAACACGCUAAGAUUGAUUGAGCGUGAAAUGACACGAGAAGCUGCUGCUGCAGCGCAACAGGCUCAACAACGGCGUUGCUGCGCAACGACAACAUCCACUACGUCACAGCAAUUGAUCCAACAGCAACAAAUUGAUGUUUCACACCAACAUAAUAAUCAUAACAACAACAACAGACGAUCUCCCACUCCAUACCCCACGGAGUACAGAAAUGGCCGACCGGAAAUGAUGGUUGAACAUAACAGCAGUAGCAGCAGCAGCAGCAGCAGUAGUAGCAGCACAUCAGAUUCCAUUGACUCAGGUGUUGACGAUGAAUACUAUUACGACGAAGAUGAUGACGAUGACGAUCAUCAUAACCAUACCACAGUGAUGGCAAAUAAUCACCAAGAUCUAAAUAACCAUCAUCUCCAAUAUUACCAUUUGAACGGAAGUAUUGAAGAUUGUGACAAUUACAUUAAUUCGGAUGAUUAUGACGAAGAAGACGAUGAUGAAGACGACGAAGACGACACUAAUAAUUCUCCCUUAACGGAACUACAAAUUUAUGAUAACAGUUUCAAUAAUAAAAGAAACACAGCAUUGAGUAUUGGUGAUCAUCAUUGUGACGAUAACAUACUUCCAUUAAUAGGUAAUAGUAACACAACAACAGUUACGUCUAUCGAUUGGGGUUCAGUUCUAAGUUUGUCAUCGUCGAACAGCAACAAUAAUGGCAAUAAUUCACAGUCUACAUCAUCAACUUCGAUAACACUGAUGAACAAUAUUGAUAGCGAUUGUGAUGAUAUCACAACAAUAAUAUCUACUACAAAUCUAGAUCGCAAAUCUCAACAACAUAAACGUAGGAGGCGACACUAUAAACAUCAUUACCAUCAUAGUCAAAUUCAUACAAAACACAGACAUCACCAUUCCCAUCACCAUCAAAGGUCGCAAAAACGCCGAGAGCGUGGAAUAACAUCAUCAUUACCAAUGUCAAAAAACAGGACAUCAAAUUAUCAAGUUCUGUCGCAAGUAGGCCCUUGUAAUAACGAAUAAACUACCUACUUAAUAAUCGCAAUAAUACGCUCAUUGGAAAGUUGCAACAAAUUUUAAAAAGUAUCAACACAGAGGUGUCUGGCUUUGAUAUUACAAUGGCAAACUAUAUUUACCUAGAUGUUUACACGUGUACCUGAUAGAUCACAUAUUAUAUAAUUAUUGAAUGCCUACCUAAAAGGUAUGGAUUUGCAAAAAGCAACCAACAAGGAUGGCUGUGUAAUAUUAUAACCACCGGGCAGCUCAAUUAUUAUUAUCAUUUUUUAAUUUUAAUGUAGGUAGGUUAUGUUAUAUUUUAUUAUCUCUUAUAGUAUAUAUUUGUGCGGACGUAUGUUUUUUUUUCAAAAUAAAUUAAUAACCAAACAUUAUUAAAUUUUCCAUCAUAACACUUUCACAAUAACAAUUUAAUGUUUUGCAAUAAAUAUAUAUGAAUGUGUUGAUAUUAUGUCGUAUAAUAUGUUAAGAGACUCUUGUUACCAUUUUAAAAGUUUUAUAUAUAAUAUAGUAUAUAUAUAAAUUUUAUAUAUAUAUUAUUAUUAUUAUUAUUAUUGCGUAUCGUAAUACUAGGUAAUAAAUUAUAUAAUAUUACAAUCAAUUGUUUUAUAGAAUUAGGAUCCACAUUUCAGUUACAGAUAUAGUAAGGCCUCCCUCACACACAAAAAAAAAAAAUAACAAUUUAUUAUUAAAUAUUUUAUAGCAUGAAUACAUAUUUUAACCGUACACCUUUGAUUUUAUUGCAACUAAAAUUAUUCAAUAGACAGUGUAAUGUAACAACAAGUGAUGCGGCUUAUUUUGUAUUUGAUAAUUUUAGAUACUAAAUGUAUCAUUAUAUCCGUCCAUAGAUAAUGAAACACAAGAUAAAAAAUAUUAACUUAAUAAAUACAUUAAUAAACAGCGGUAUCUGAACAAAAUUAAUUUAUCGUCCAAAUAGUAACAUGUUUUUUUUUCAAGAUCUCUUUAUUUCUUAUUCUUUUAAAACUUCUAUUUGUAUGUAUGCAAUCAAUUUGUUUGGUUUUUUUUAAUAAGAAUUAGGGUUUUGGUUAAUACUAUAAAUUAAAAGUUGUGUUGUCUACAAAUUCAAUUAUGUACUUAUUAAUAAAAUUACAUUGUAAUUACAGUAUUAUUAAUUUAAUAAUAAUAAAAUAUAUAAGUAUGUUAAAAAAAGCAAUAAUAAUAAGUAAAUUAAAUUAAUUUUUACUCUGAAUGCACUGAUGAUGUUUGUUAAUAAUAGUAAAAUAUUGUAUUAUAUUAUUAAUAUCGAAGAGCUGCUCAAUGAACCAAUAUUAGCAACAUUGUUUAUGAAAUUAUGUAAUUAAAAAUAUAAAUUGUAUAGAUAAAUAAGUUAUAAGUAUAAAUAUAUAUAAAUGUGUAUAGAUAUAAAAACCAUAAUGUUUAUUUGAUGAACAGAACAUGUAUAAUGUAUAAUAUAUUAUAUGAUAUUGUUGUGGUAAUUUAAUUGUUUUACCAUAAUCAAAAGUCGAAAAUUACAAUUAUUUUGUUAAAAUAAAUAAAGGAUAGGUAUAUAUGUGAAUUUUGACUCUUAAAUAUAUUAUUUCUAAUAUUAAGAUACCUAAAAUUCCUAUUUAGGUAUUACUUUGUUUAUGCAUUUAUAAAAUAAAUUUACAGGUUUUACAAAUGAAUAGCAAUGAUUGAAGUUCUUUUAAGUUAAUAAGGUACACACCUAGAAUAGGUUAUUCAGUAACUAAAACUAAUGAAUUGAAAAUAGAAAUGAAAAACAAAUUUUCAUAAUACAUAAUAUUGCUGUGGAACUAUACAACUAUAAUUAUAUUAUAGUCAUGUAUGUUAAUUAAUCAUGUCAAUUUGAAUAUUUACACGAUAUUCAAUCUAAGUCAUUGCAUCAAAAAGUUUAAAGUUCUAAAAUAAUUUAACCAAGUUUUUUUAUAUAUUAAUAAAUAUUAAAUAGUAACAAUAUGUAGAUGUAUUCCAUAUUGUGUGUUCCGGUAGUCGGUGGUGUUAUUUAACUCAUUUGAGUUUCGCUAGGUGUAAGGCAGGGGAAAAUAAUGAGCAGCUCAAUAUUCGUAUGGUAAAAUCAACCAUCUACAAAACGAAUCGCCUAGCUUGCAUAGUCUCCUCUAUUGUGGUUAUGACUUGUCAAUUAACUCGACUCUCGCCAGUCGACCUGUUUUCAACGGACGGUUCGUAAUUUCGUAUGUUAGCACUUAGCAUACGUUUUCAUAAUACAGUUGGUAGUAGGUAAAGGUAUAUGUAUUAAAAUACGUCUAGUUGAUUAAAUAGUUAGGUAAUCGUUCUUAGAAAAAAAAACCAACCAGACAUAUUUAGUAGAGGUCCCCAUAAAAUAUCUAUUAAUAAAACUACGUACAGGAAUACAUUAUUAUAAUUAUAAAUAAUAAAUAUUAUACUAUUAUCUAAUAAAAUAAUACACUAUUGUAUAUUAUUUAGUAUAGGUAGGUGUAAUUGAAAAAUAAAUUUGCCAAAGGAAUUAAAACAAACCUUAACUUACAUUAGUUUUUAAAAUAAAUAUCUAAAAUAACAAUAACAAUUAAAUUUAAAAAAAUAUUAUCCGCCGAAGAACGAAUAAGGAUGACACAUCAUAGCCAGUUAGGUAGGUUGGUUACUACGAAAAUAUAUUGAUAGUCAAGUCAUUGAACACUGAACUAAAUGUCGGCGUUGAUUUUUUUCAAUAGUUAAUUUUUUUUAUUUUAAUGAUUAUUUCAUAUUUUAGACGCCUUUUUUUAAAUUCAAAUUAUAUACAUAUAGUAUAUACCUAAAACACACAUAAAUUAAUACAAUAAAUAGCUCACGCUAUAAACAAGUUCUAAGUUAAAUUGGAUUUGUGAAAUAAUUUAGUUUCUACGAGCGCAGUAAUAAUAAUAACUGGGUAGUCUUAACACUUUAAACUAGGUACAGACCAUGGUAUAGCCAUCUGAUUAUUAUUGUUUAUUACGAUCUAGUAAUAACAGUACGAAUGAUCGCGAUUAGCACGUUUAUGAACACAUUAAAAAAAAGGGUAUUUUUUAAUUCUUUAAAUUGUUUUAAAAUUUCUGUAAAUAACUUUUAGAAAUUGUUUCUAUCUUAUACUAAUUACUAAUUCUUAUUAUUUGUUAAGUUACUAACUACAACACUUGAUAUUAGCAAGCAGGUACAUACAAUUUGUUUAGGCAGUGGUGUACCUAACUGUGUAAGAUUGUUUUAUUUUAAGGAAUACUUGAUGCAAGCUUUUUACUAGUAUUUAGUACUUAAAUAAGGCCGUAAAAAUUGCUGGAGGCAAAUACGAUCGUACACUGUCAAAAUAAAAAAGAAUAAUGAUAGGUUUGCUCAUUAACCUGAGCAGGGGGUAUCAUUGUUUUUCGUUUAUUUUUAUAAUAGGCAUCAGACUAUCCAGACUAUUAUUAUUUAAAGAAAAAUUGUAGAAUUGAAAAAAAAUCUAUUCAAAGUAAUAUUUAUGUAUACAUUGUGAAUUGUGUACCUAUAAUAUUAUAGGUACGUAUAAAUCAUUACCCAUUUAAAUAAUAAUACAUCCUGAAAUAAAUAAAAAAUAAUUACUACAUAGUACAUAUAUAGGUUAGGUUGUAUCAAAGCCCAAAAAUGAACACUAUUAUAUAUUUACAAAUAUAAAAAUAAUGGUCUCGUACACAAUACACCUUAUGAGCAAUAUGGUCACCAAAAUAUGAUCCGUCUAAUAUAUUAUAUAAUGCAUUAGCCAUUAGGUAAUACUAUUGAUUUUAUAAUAUUUUAAAAUCAAUGAUUAUUACAAUAACACCUAUAGCUAUUAAUAUGGAUUACCUGCACACAAUAUUACAAAUAAAUAAUAACAGUACUAACAAUAUUCCUGCAGGAAAAACUAUAUUCUUUAGAAGUUUGUAAAUAGAGUUCAGCAGUCAUCAAAUUCGAUAAUAUCACGUAAAAAUGAUUGAAAUGUAUUUAUAGGAUUAUUACACAAUGAGUAUAGUAACGGAUAUUGGAAUUUGUUAUUUGGAUUUUGGAUUUUAUUUUAACUAAUCAUUCAAUAUUCUUAUUUUAACUGUCAUUCUAGAAUUUUUAUAACACUACUAUAGUUGCACCUCUUGAUUUUAUUCCACACUUUAAUUUAUUGACAUGCCACGUAAGUUUCAAUAGUAUGAGUUCUAGUCGACUAAAAUUUUAAUAUUUAUUACUUUUACUGAAUUAGUGAUAGGUUAGAGUGAUAAUAAUAUGUUGUACACAAAUGUCACAAAUAAUAUUCGACCAUUACUUACAUAUUUACAUAUUCUAUCAGAGUGUUAAGGAAAUAUUAGACAAUUGUGAGUUCCAAUAUUUUGUACCAAGUUAAUUUAUUAAUAACAAGCAAUAACUAAAGACUUCCAAUUUAAUGUGUUACUGUGUACCUGUCCUGUGUUACACUAUACUCUGUUCAGCGAGAGAACGAGUCGAUUCUGCGCAUCCCUCCGUGUCGCCAUGCUAUAGAAACCGGUUCCCCAAUGGCAGGGUGUUGCGUGGGGGAACCAGUUUUCAUUGGCGCGCGGCGUGGUCUCUCACUGAACAUAGUAUAAGUUUAUUUUGGUGUAGAAUGUAGGUACAUUUUCGAUUUUCCGCGUAGGUAGGUAUCAUAUUAUUAGACAUAUAGGUACCAAAAUAAUUAUUUUAAACUACAUUCAAUCGUAUUAAUAUGUUAUUAAAAUGUUACUUAAUAAUUAUUAUACAUUUAAUAUAAUCAUUAAUCAUAGUAGGCAAUUGUAAUGACAAUAUUAUGACAUAGGUAUGCCCAGAUUAGUUAUAUUACUAUUGAUUAUAAUUUGAUUAAUUGUAAUUGUAUUUUUGUUUUGUCGAACAUUAAACUUUUUCUUUAAAAUAAUAUUCUAACAUUGUAAUGCUUUAGUAUAAGACCAACAAAUAACAAUUAAAAAUGUAAGCAACUAAAAAAAAAAUAAGAUUAUGAAAAAAACCGCGAAUUGUUAUUAUUUUUAAAACUUUUUACAUAAAUAUAAAAUGCAAUAAUGAAAUCAAAAAUGUAUAAAUUAAUUAAAAAUAUUUGCUCUUGUUUCAAAUCCAUAAAUAUUAUCCAUGUUACCACUCACCGCGACGGCAUGAAAGGUACCAACAACAUACAUUUUCUAUUUAAUUUACAG